AUGCCAGAACAACCAUUGCAGUCGAGGGUGGUUCGUAGGAGAAAUCCACGUCCCAUAAACUCGUGCGUGGAAUGCCGCACGCGCAAGAGUCGAUGUUCGAAGACGCACCCCUGCCAGAAUUGCACAGCCUUCGGACGAGAGUGUGUCUUCAUCACGGUGCCUGAAUCGGCCGCACGCAAGAAACAGAGAGAACAGAGAGAGCAGAGAGAAUCAGCGUCUAAGAGUGGGAUUGAUUGGAAUCAGCCGCUUCCAGUUCGGACCAAUUCACAGGCCGCAGUCACGCCGACUGAGAAGUAUGAGACCUCGAGCACAAACGCAAAUAUCAAUACUCAGACGCCUGGAACUCCGCCCCGUGAUUAUGAGUGGGAAGCGUACCAGCAACAUGUCGAAGUUGACGGAGGGGAUGCCUGGGAAAGAUUGCCUGCGGAACCCGAGGAGAUGAAUGACGAUGUCUUUGAGGAUGAAAACGACGAAGAGGACCAGAUCGCCACGGAUCUCACCAUCCGGAUCGGGAGGAUGAUUAUCUGUGAAAACAUCACUGGGUUUUUUCGUCCCCAAUAUGCCGAAGAGGUAUGUAUAUUUACUAUCCUGGGUAAGCUCCUUUCCGAACAUCCCAAUUCAGUGUCCUCUGUUGCGGGUCAGAGAGCACCGCAGUCUUCCGCUCUCUUGGCCGCUGAGCAGAUGCCGUCGCUGUCGCCAUCGCUCACGCUGCUUCUGGGAUCUUCCACACCCCUUCCCCAAGGCAACGAUCUGGAACGUCCCCAGCUUCCUACUAAGAUUGAGGCUGAGGCCUUGUUCCAACGCUACGUGGAGUCUGUCAGCCCACUGGCUCAUGUCUUGCACAUCCCUUCGUUCAGACGACUGUUUGACCGUUUCUGGAUCAAUGUAGAGCUUGGGAACAACCAGAAUUCCUGCACUGCUUUGGUUCUGGCCGUUUGUAUGGCGGCAGCUGCAUCAUUAUCUCCGCUUCAGGCAAAAUCGCAGUUCGGAAUCACGAAGGAAGACCUGUUUCUCAGGCUGCAGUCGGCUACAGAAAGGGCACUACUUCGCGCGAAUUGGGCUAAAACGUCCAACAUCCGCACUCUCCAAGCUAUCACCAUAUAUUUAAUUCCCCUAUGUAGGGCCCAGAUCUCGCGAGCGACCUCGGUAAUAGUCGGCGCGUUAGUCCGACUUGCCCAAUGUAUCGGUAUUCACCGCCUUAGCCACACAUCUGCGAGCAGCCUCACGCCUCUGCAACGCCAUGUUCGGUCUCUGCUAUGGUACCAGAUAUGUUUCUUGGACUUCAAGACUGCCGAGGCCCAAGGACCACAUCCAUCCAUCCGCUCCGACGACUUUGACAUCGCACUUCCGCUAAAUGUGGAUGAUGAUGUUUUCGAAUUUGGCAGCCCGAAGUGGCAGCACCACCCUACACCAGUCCAAGGUUGGACCGAUGUAACUCUCUCACUCAUCCGCUAUGAAUGUAAUGAACUCCAUCGUCUGAUCUUCCGCGGGAGAAUAGAAAUGGACCGCAAGGCCAUCACAUUGCACGACUUGCGGGCUCGAGUAGAAUCCCGAAAACGACAGAUCCACUCCAAGUACCUACAAUACCUCGAUGCCCGAGUUCCGAUACAGCGAUAUGCGGGCCUCGUGGCGACACUCCUGAUGGCUCGUUGCGACUCCAUGCUUCUGUAUCGCCAUCUGCCCCAGACGACUCUGCAGCCACGUUCGGAUUCCGAAAACCGUCUACGCGAUGUGCUCCUCACGGCUGCUCUGACCACGCUCGAGAUCGGUGCGACGCUGGACACGCUCCCGUCUCUCAGCUCAUGGGUAUGGUACUCCACCACCUACCAACAGUACCACGCCGUACUCCUACUCCUCACGGAGCUCUACCGCACGCCGGACCUAGCGCGCAAGGACAGAAUGAUGACCAUCAUCGACCACAUCUUCGGCCACUGCUACGGCGUCGGCGUCCGCGAACGCUGCUCCGACCUCCUUUGGACCGUCAAAGAGAACCUCGAAGCCUUCUACAUCAUGAAGGGCGUCAACAAGCGCAAGGCCGCACUGCAGCAGCAACCUGCUUUCCGACCGAUACGCCAGAGCUCGACGGCCACGUCGUCGGAUUUCGGCCAGCAGAUUCCCCCCUUGCAGGCGCAGCUGCAGACGCCCAUGGAUGCGGUCGAUUUUGAGUCGUUGCUGGGGGGUUUGGGGUCCGGGGUGCCGGGCGAGGGGUACGAUGAUUUCCUCGCUGGCAUGCCGGCUGAGGACCCCGGGGCGAUAUUCGUGCCGGUGGAUGCGGGAAUGGGGGUCCAAGGGGGUGAGUGGAUCGAUGGGGUGGGGAAUACGGCCUUGGGUAAUGCGACGCAGCAAUGGGUAUGUGAUGUAGACGCUCCCUCUCCCUCCCUUCCAUGA